AUGUGGGAACUCCGCUCCGUGACCUUCACUCGAGCCGUCUUUGCCGAAUUCCUGGCCACACUGAUCUUCAUCUUCUUUGGCCUCGGUUCAGCUCUCCCCUGGCCCACUUCCCCACCAAACGUUCUCCAGAUCUCACUGGCAUUUGGCUUAGCCAUCGCCACCCUGGUUCAGGCUGUGGGCCAUGUCAGCGGGGCCCAUAUUAACCCUGCUGUGACAGUGGCGUGCCUGGUGGGCUCCCAAGUCUCUUUCCUGAGGGCCAUCUUCUAUGUGGUGGCACAAGUCCUGGGAGCUGUGACGGGGGCUGCCCUCCUGCAUCAGAUCACACCGCCUCAUGUCCGGGGGAGCUUGGCCGUCAACAGGGUGCACAAUGAUACCACAACAGGGCAGGCGGUCACCAUGGAGCUGUUCCUCACCUUCCAGCUGGUCCUGUGCAUUUUCGCCUCCACGGAUGACCGCAGGAAUGACAAUGUGGGAUCCCCGGCCUUGUCCAUCGGUUUCUCCGUUGCCCUGGGCCACCUUCUCGGGAUCUAUUACACGGGCUGCUCCAUGAAUCCCGCUCGAUCAUUCGGUCCUGCUGUGAUUGUGGGCGACUUCGACAGCCACUGGGUCUUCUGGCUGGGCCCAGUGGCUGGAGGAGUGGUGGCUUCCUUGCUCUACCACUAUGCUCUCUUCCCCCAUACAAAGACCCUCUCGGAGAGACUAGCCAUCUUCAAGGGCUACGAGCCAGAGGAAGACUGGGAGGAGCGCGAGGUUCGCAGGAGGCAGUCCAUGGAGCUUCACUCCCCACAGAGCCUGCCCCGAGGAGUGAUGGAGAAAGUCUAG